AUGAAGCUCUCUUCAUUAACACUAUGCAUAUUAGCAAUCGGUAGUAGUCAGUUGGUGUCACCAUGUCACGGCUUUCUGUCUCCCAGUUUGGCGGCCGCAAUGCGCUGCACUGAUAUCACCCAGCAAAGAGGUCCUUUCUCACUGGCAGCUGCUACCGACGAAGAAGACUCAUCCUCCUUAACAGCCACCCGAUUCGUCGAAGCUGUUCCCAUGCUAUCUUCGGUGACAGACCCAGAAGCCAUUCGUCUUCGUGACGAACUGCUACAACUAGCCGAAGAUACCAACAAGGGAUUCUCAUCGACACCCUCACAAAAAAAGCGUGCCAGCGAAAUCAUUGCCGAAUUGGCCAAAUAUAAUCCAACUCCAGAGCCUGCGUUACCCUAUUACACAGAUAACAAGAAUGACAACGACAACACGACUCCAGCAAUUUCCCUUGCCGGCAAAUGGGAUCUCAUUUACACGGAUGCUCCCGAUAUCACAUCGUUGGAUACCAGUCGCAAUCCACUCGCUACCGCCAAAUUGGGACGGAUCGGACAAGAAUGCGAUCCACCCUUUAUUAAAAAUGUCAUUGAAUGGAAAAAACCGGAUUGGGUCGAUCAAUUGCCACUGCCGUUUGCCGGUGACAAGGAAUCGCGCAUUCUCCAAAAAGUCUGUACCAAGGCCACGGCCAGUCCCGACAACCCCAUGUUGGUCAACUUGGAAGUGGCUGGAAUCGAUCUCGUAGCGCCACCAAAAAGUAAUGGAAGCAGUGGCAGCAGCAAGCCGCUGCAGGAGGCCAUUGAAGACGAAGGUCUACCCGUGGGCAUUCUGCGAAACAAUCCACUCGAGCUCCGAGGACCACUGACGGCGCCGUUUGGCCAAUUUGAAAUUCUCUACCUGGACGAAGAAAUGAGAAUCAUUCGUACAGGUCAAAAUUAUUUGGCGGUAAAUGUGCCAGCCAAGGAUGAUUGGUUCUAAUUAGAAAAUUUGUAUGGUAUGCCUGAGGCUGCGACCUUGAUCCUUAGAUAGAUGGUGCAAAAUGGCGCUCUUGUGUGUUUAUUUGUGCUGUGAAGCGAUAGGAAGGUGAACGAGCCAUAUAGACACAAUAGAAUGUAAGGAAAUAAUACUGUAAGGAAGGCGACUCGGAACUUUCGAAAACACCGAUGGGUCCUCCUAUGCGACGCUA